AUGCGUGAACGGCGCCGCCCCUUUUCGCAUCAACCUCUUCUUCGCCUCAACCUCAACCCCGCGGCAGUUCUCUCUCCUCGCAACCAUGGCGCCAUCUUUCUCUGCUUCGAACGAAAUCAUAAACAUCUUCCGUCCUCUCCGGCGAAUAAGACGUCUACGGCGACUCAACUUUCCUCACCGAGAAUCGCCGGUGUUAAGCUCCAUUUUCAUCUUCCUCUUCAUAUCAACGCCUUAAAGGUCUUCUGCGAUUCAACCCUCCAUCUGAUUGCAGCGCUACACAUACACCUUCCUCUGAUUAUUCGGCCACGCCUCUUCUUGUGUUCACCAGUGAUUCCUCCGCUAAUAUUCACAUGCGUUCUACGUUUCUGUGAGAUGACGAAUCCUUCAGGUUCAGUGGUGCAGCUUGGCGUGGUGAAUGAAAAGGAUUACCGUGAAGAUCCUCAAGACUACAAUCAUGGCAUACCACCAUUAAAGCGAUCAGAACCAAAUAUUCCUGUUGAUGUUCUUCUUGAGGCAACUAAGCCAAUCCAGCCGUUCCCUUGGGAUUCAGAAACAGACUUGAAAGUUGAUGGCUAA